AUGGCUACUGGACGCUCAUUCACCCUCAACUCUGGAUACAAGAUCCCCGCUCUUGGGCUCGGUACCUGGCAGUCCCCCGAGAGCGAGGUCUACACCGCCGUUCUCACUGCUCUUAAGACCGGUUACCGGCAUAUUGACGCCGCCUUGUGCUACGGCAACGAGAAGCCGGUCGGCCAGGCAAUCAAAGAUUCGGGCAUCCCGCGAGAGGAUAUUUUCCUCACCUCAAAGCUUUGGUGCACUGGACACACUCGUGUGGCCGAGGAUCUGGAGAAAUCUCUGACCUCGCUCGGAGUCGACUACUUGGAUCUCUAUCUCAUGCAUUGGCCUGUUUCUCUCAACCCGGCCGGCAAUCAUCCACUCUUCCCUACCAAGCCUGACGGCUCCCGAGACAUUCUUCCUGAAGAGGAGUGGAAUUACAUCAAAACCUGGGCCUCUAUGCAGGAGCUUCUCUCUACGGGUAAGGUCAGAUCGAUCGGCGUCUCGAACUUGUCGACUGUUCACAUCGACAAGCUUCUGGCGGCACCGACUACGAAGGUUGUUCCUGCUGUCAACCAAGUCGAGUUGCAUCCGUACAAUCCCCAAUUCAAGCUUCUGAACUACACAAAGGAGAAGGGAAUCCAUCUUACAGCUUAUUCUCCGCUCGGAUCGACAGACGCGCCUCUGCAGGAAGAGAAAAUUGUCAAACUGAUUGCUGAAAAGACUGGAAAGACGCCGACGCAAAUAUUGAUUUCGUGGGCGAUUUGGCGUGGAACUUCAGUGAUUCCAAAGUCUGUCACUCCAAGUCGAAUUGAGGCGAACUUCCAGGACUUUGUGUUGUCGGACGAAGAUGGGAAGUUGCUUGACUCGAUCUCGAAGACGACCCAAAAGAGAAUCGUUCAACCAAACUGGGGAGUGAAGGUGUUUUUGGACGACGAAUAG